AUGGGAAAGAAGCGAGAGGAGGGCGGAGCCAGCGGGGCGGGGCGGGCGCCGGGGCUGGUACCGCAGGGGAUGCGUAAAAACACGGCGGGCGCACGGUUUGGGGUGUUUUUUUUUCCUCCAAAACUAGCUAAAAGCCCGAGACUCCGCCCGAAGCUGCAGCCUCUCGGAUCCACCUUAAAUCUUCAGUGGACUCGGCGCCGGGGUCAGUGGGCGCAGCCAAUGCCAAUCAAGUUUACAACCACCAGCACAGGAGGGGGGGAAAAAAAGAGAGAGAAAAAAAUAAUCUGCGAGUUCUCGGGUCCGCACACACACUCGCGGAGAGGCACGCACACAUGUCCACAAGCACACAAAAGGCAGGAGGGGGUGGGGGCCGGGUGCCAAAGAGGGACGGGGGUCGUGUCCGCAGAUCUCUCGCUCGACGCGAAGCGCCCGUGGCCCCGUGCGCUCAGGGAAGGCGCGCGGGAAGCGCGGCCCGGCCCGAGCGCCAUGAUGGUGGCCGCGGUUCGGAGCCCAUUUUUUUCUGGCGGGGGAGCUGCAAUGAUGCAAUCCCCCGGCCCCGUGGUCCCCCGGCUGCGCGCCCUUCUCCCGGCCUUUUCUUCGCCUUCCUUUUGA